CGCAAGCAGAAAUCAGUCAGUCCUGAACGACCGUUCUGGGCUCCAUAACCAGCCAAGCGAAGUAAGCGAGGCAGGCCGACCUGAGUCGCGACGGGCACCGUAUUGACGUGAUUCGCAAACUUAGGCAGGCCAACUCGAGACGCAAGGUGUACCGAAGUGAGACGCCCAUCCGGAGGAGGAAUUCGCUGGGACGAAAUAGAAAAUUGAAUUAUUAGGUAUAUUGACUUAUUUUGUACAUAAUUUAGAAUUAAUAGAUUUGCUUUGUUUUCAACCUGUGAUUUAAUGAGUCUGUCGUCCUAAAAAAACUACCCGUUACAAAUACAAUACAAAAUUAUUAGGUACACGAAUUAUUAGGUAUAUUGACUUAUUUUGUACAUAAUUUAGAAUUAAUAGAUUUGCUUUGUUUUCAACCUGUGAUUUAAUGAGUCUGUCGUCCUAAAAAAACUACCCGUUACAAAUACAAUACAAGUAAACGUCGUUACUCGACGCCCGGAUAAUACCAAAAAUGCCGACAGAUAAAGACACAGACUCAGUAUCAGGUGCCACGAUGGGUACGUCAUGGAUAAAUCGUCUUUCCAAAGAGGAAUUACAGCGCGACGCCGAAAGGUGCGGAUUGGAUUCCAAAGGAACCGUUGACGAGUUAAGGUUAAGACUCAGAACCUUCUAUAAGGAUCACGGGGAAGCGAGAGGAACGAUCCCAAAAAUCAAUACUUCCAAGGAAGCCGAACCAGACACACUGACCCAAGAAAUUUCAUUAAUCAGAAACCAAUUACAAGACUUAACAAUGACAAAACAAAUGAGGCAAUCAGAUUUGCUAAAUCAAGUACGGAGGUGGAACACACACUUCGACAAGAAACAUUCGGAUGCAGUAGACUUUAUAGAGAGGAUAGACGAAUUAAGCCUAGCCUACGAGGUCGAUACGCAAGAUCUGCUAAAAUCAUUACCAGAAUUGUUAGGAGACCACGCAUUGUUAUGGUACCGAAACAACAACAGAAAUUGGGAUUCAGAGAAUAUUUACUACAGCUAGAAGAGCAGAUCAGAAACAGGAAGCAAAGGAAAAACGAACCAGUGGAUAGAUACAUCACGGAUAUUCAAACAAUAAUCAGACAAAAGGGAUCUUUUUCAAGUAACCAAAAACUCGACAGGAUAUAUAAAAAUAUGCUGCCAGAAUAUAAGCUUUAUGCUCGCCGCCGGGAUUUCGAAAACUUAUCGGGAUUGCAAGAAUUGGCCCAAGAAUACGAAACUUUGGAAGACGAAAGGACCCGAGAAAAUCAAAAUUUUCACGGAAAUUGGAGACGUACAGACCCUACAGAAUACGAUGCCAAAAGGACAUGCUUCCGGUGCAAGAUGCCAAGUCACUUCCGGAGGAAUUGUAAAAAUCCAUGGAAAAAGUUUUGUUCGCGAUGCGGCAAAGAAGGGGUCUACAGCAAUGACUGCUGUUCCAGACGUCAGGGAAACGAAUAACAGACUGGAGAAACAAGGAGUCGUCCCAGUCUGAGGAGCAAGAUUCGACUCCGCUCGUUCUAGCCGUUACACAACAAGCAAGCAACGACAUGCGACUGUUCGCAUCACUGAAAAUCGGACAAAGUUCCUACAAAGCAUUAAUUGACACAGGGACCACCAAAAAUUACGCCGGAGAUAGAAUAGCGCAGAUAUUCAAACACUCCCUACAUAGCUAUAACGGAAGAGCUAGACUAGCAAACGGAUCUUCAAUGGAGCUUAACCAGAAGUUAAGAAUUGACUGCGAGAUCGAUAAUUUACAAACAAGACAAACAUUUAUAAUAAUGCCAGGAUUAACGGAAGAUGCAAUACUAGGAGUGGAAUUCUUCAGGGAACAUUCGAUGGAACUUAAGUUCGAUAGGGAUACAUCCAAACAGUACGAACAACAUCAAGAGGAAACAUGUAACACUUUAAAAGACUCCACUCAAAAUACAGAGCUAGAAAGGUUCCUAAGAAAAGAACUUAGGGAAUUCGACAAGUUAACAGGUCCCACCAACUUAAUAAAGCACGAAAUAAAAUUGAAGAAAAGGUGCGAUCCCGUCAAACAGCCGUAUAGGCGGCACAAUCCCGCAAUGUUGCAGAUCAUCAACCAAGAGGUGGAUAAAAUGUUGAAAGAAGGAACUAUCGAACCCUCCGCAAGUGGUUGGAGUUCACCGAUUGUACUAGUUAGAAAAAAAGAUAACUCGUACAGAUUUUGCAUUGACUUUAGAAAAGUCAACGAACUAUCAGAAAAGGACGCGUAUCCGUUCCUCGGAUAUCAGAAAUUUUGGAUAGACUUAAGGAAGCAAAUUUCAUCUCAACCCUCGACUUGAAGCAGGGAUAUUUUCAAAUACCCCUGGAAGAAGCAAGCCGCCCAGUGACAGCAUUUAGCGUACCCGGAAAAGGUCAUUUUUAAUUCAGAACUACCCGCGCCCUGCUCGGGCGCCAAAAUUUGUAACGGGUAGUUGUUUUAGGACGACAGACUCAGUAAAACACAGGUUGAAAACAAAGCAAAU